GCAAUUCUCAAGAAACGUCUAUUCAUAAUACACAAGUCAAUUCUCAAGAAGCUUCUAUUCAAGAAAACAAAGAAAAUAUUAAUUUGGAUGAAGAAAUAAUUGAUAUUACUGAUGAUCAUGAACUUAUUCUAUUUCAAAAUUGA